AUGAUUCCUCACACAAACAUCACAACCAUCACGAUCGAUGGUUAUGUGGAAGUGGAAAAGUACAGAUUUGUGUAUUUCUUCUCCAUGUUUCUGGUCUAUGUUGUGAUCCUGUGCAGUAACGGCACCAUCGUGUUUCUGAUCUGGAAGCAUCCAAACCUCCACGAGCCCAUGUACUACUUCAUUGCUGCUCUGCUCUGUAACUCAAUCCUCUUCAGCAGCGUCCUCUACCCCAAGAUGAUGGUGGACGUGCUGUCUGAGAAGCAGGAGGUGACCAUCUCCGCCUGCAUGCUACAAUGCUUUCUCUACUACUCUCUAAACCUCUCAGAGAUCAUGCUGCUGUCAGUGAUGGCGUAUGACCGCUACGUGUCCAUCCUCAAACCCCUGCGAUACACCACCAUCAUGCAGGACCGCACUGUUCGAGGGUUCUUGGUGCUGGCUUGGGCCCUGCCUGGCGUCCAGACCGCUGUCCCAAACAUAGUCGCCAUCAGAGCCAAGUUGUGCAACGUGAACUUCAAGGGAAUUUACUGCAACAAUCUGAUUUACAAGAUGCACUGCUCGCCGUCCAGACCCAUGUAUGUUGUGUACGGAAUGAUAGUGUUGAUCAACCUGGCCAUCCUGCCCGUGCUGUUCAUCGUCUUCACGUACGCCAAGAUCUUCGUGAUCACGUAUCGCAGCAGUGCAGAGGUGCGGAGGAAGGCGGCCGAGACUUGCCUGCCGCAUCUGUUUGUGCUGAUAAACUUCUCCUGUUUGGUUACGUAUGACGUGGUGACGGUGAAGAUGGAGUUUGACGUGCCCAAGACCGUGAGGCUCAUCAUGAUGCUGCAGGUUGUGUUGUAUCAUCCACUGGUCAAUCCGUUAAUAUACGGGCUCAAGAUGAAGGAAAUUAACAAACACCUGAAGAAAAUGUUUACAAAGAGAAACAGGAAAAUGUUGGUCUGA